AUGCGUGUAUUCCGCUUCGCUAUCGAUCGUGGUGGUACUUUCACCGACGUUUACGCCGAAAUGGAUGUGCUCAAUGCACAAGGAGACGUCGUAGACGUCCAUUCAAAGGUAAUCAAGUUAUUGUCGGAAGAUCCAGCGAAUUAUCCAGAUGCUCCUCGAGAGGGUAUCCGUCGUGUGUUAGAGACCAUGACAGGUGUCUUACAUCCACGUGAUCAGCCUGUGGACACCUCCAAGAUUCAAAGCAUUAGAAUGGGAACAACAGUAGCAACCAAUGCUCUGCUUGAAAGAGACGGAGAACGAAUGGUUCUUGUCACUACUAAGGGGUUCCAUGACUUACUGUACAUUGGCAAUCAGUCCCGUCCCAAGAUAUUUGACCUUGAGAUCCACAUGCCAGAUACACUAUACGAUUCGGUGAUUGAAGUGGAUGAACGUCUGCAGCUUAUAAGCAAUGAGAAGGACCGGUUACCAACGGAUGAGAAGGGGAUUAGUGGGGACUAUAUCCGAGUGAUCAAGGAUCUUGACGUCGAAGACCUUACAAAAAAACUCCAAACAGCACGUGAUGAUGGAGUGAAAAGUGUCGCAAUUGUGUUGCUACAUUCGUACACGUUCCCACGACAUGAAGAAAAGGUUCGCGACAUUGCUGUGAAGCUGGGUUUUACGCAGGUUUCGUUGUCUUCCAAGGUGAUGCCUAUGGUAAAGGCUGUUCCACGUGGAUUCACGACUUGUGCUGACGCUUACCUCACACCGGUGAUCAAGAAAUAUGUGGCGUCGUUUUGUGCUGGCUUUGGAGAAGGUUUGGAUCAAGUGAACAUUAGUUUUAUGCAGAGUGAUGGCGGUUUGGCGCGAAUGAAGCAUUUCCAUGGACACCGAGCGAUUCUAUCGGGUCCUGCUGGUGGUGUAGUGGGCUAUGCUCGCACGACACGACCACUUGAGUCGGGUAUUGAGUCUGUGCAACCCGCGGUUAUCGGUUUUGACAUGGGUGGCACGUCCACGGAUGUGUCCCGUUUUGACGGCAAGUUUGAACAUGUGCUUGAAAGCGUGACAGCCAACGUCACAGUGCGUGCGCCACAACUGGACAUUCAGACAGUGGCUGCUGGAGGUGGUUCGCGACUAUUUUACAAAAACGGACUCUUCCUGGUUGGCCCAGAGUCCGUGCGAGCGCACCCGGGUCCCGUGUGCUACCGGAAGAAUGGGUACCUUAGUGUUACCGACGCUAACCUUGUCACCGGACGCAUUCUGCCGGAAUUCUUUCCGAAGAUCUUUGGCGCAAACGAGGAUGAACCGCUAGAUGUGGCUGGAUCAAAGCAAGCGUUUGAAGAUCUUACGAAGAAGAUUAAUGCGUCGUCAGCUAAUAAUGGGGCAAAGUAUACGAUGGAAGAGGUGGCAUCGGGGUUUCUGCGCGUUGCAAACGAGGCAAUGUGCCGCCCUAUUCGAAACCUUACGCAAAACAAGGGAUAUGAUAUCAGUACACACAUUCUGGCAUGCUUUGGAGGCGCUGGACCGCAGCAUGCUUGCUCCAUCGCAAAGGCGUUGGGUAUGUCGAGAGUCUACAUCCACCGUUAUAGCGGUAUUCUAUCGGCAUAUGGCUUAAGCGUGGCAGAUAGCGUAGUGGACAAACAGCUACCCUCUUCAGCAGCAUACAAUGCAGACGCUAAACCCGCUUUGAUUCGCAGCUUAACGAAAAUUGCCGACGAAGCCGUGAAUGAGCUUGUUGAUGAUGGAUUUCAGCGCGAGGAUGUGCAAGUGCAGUACUUCCUCAAUAUGCGUUAUGACGGCACCGACAACGCUGUUAUGACACGCGGCCCGAUGGGUACUAAGGGUGAAUCCCCAGCAAUAACUGCGAACGCUCUCACCGAAUUCGAAUUUGAUAGCACUUUUGUGAAGAAGUAUCAGCGGGAAUUCGGCUUUGUUUUACAGAAUCGCGCCAUUCUUAUUGACGACGUUCGUGUGCGCGCUACAGUGUCGCCUGACCUAAGAGACGCUGCGCAGAGUGCUAUUGCCAACGCAGUAGAUGCUGUCGAGUCAUGUUCACCUCUCUCGAUGACGCCGUUUUACUUUGAAAAGGAAAAAGCUUGGAAGCAGAUUCCCGUCUACCUCCAUGAAGAUCUCCUUGAAAGGCGUGGUGCGAAGUAUAGCGGACCGGCCAUCAUUAUGCAAGGCACAGCUACAGUGGUUGUGGAGCCCGACUGGGAGGUGCAGAUCAUGCCUAGUGGCGAUCUCUUCUUAGUCAGCAGUGCAGAGGCUACGGGACAGAAGAAUGAUAGCCUUGCUUUGCGCUCUGAAGAUGUCCUGCUCGACCCCAUUCAGCUUUCAGUAUUCUCGCAUCGAUUCAUGGGUAUUGCUGAGCAGAUGGGCCGUACGUUGGCACGUACAUCGGUCUCCGUGAACAUCAAGGAGCGUCUGGAUUUCUCGUGCGCUUUGUUUGGACCCGAUGGAGGACUUGUAGCGAAUGCACCGCAUCUUCCUGUUCACCUCGGUGCUAUGCAGCAAGCUGUACGUCACCAACUCAAGUUUUGGGGUGACGAUCUUAGCGACGGAGACGUUUUAGUCUCGAACCAUCCGCAGCUGGCAGGGGGCUCGCAUCUACCAGACAUUACUGUUAUAACACCUGUUUUUGAUCAAACAAGUGGCAAAAUCGAGUUCUUUGUGGCUAGUCGUGGGCAUCACGCUGAUAUCGGUGGCAUUUCACCUGGAUCAAUGCCACCAUUAUCGAAGACGCUGUCCGAAGAAGGCGCGGCGAUUAUGGCUUUCAAGCUGGUUGACGGUAAGGUGGGCGAGUUCCGUGAGGAAGAGAUCACGGAUAUCCUUUUGCAAAAGGGACGUGUGGAUGAUCAGGGUCGACCUUGCAUCGGCACGCGCAAUUUGCGCGACAAUUUGUCCGACUUGCGUGCACAGGUGGCAGCUAAUCAACGCGGUGUGGUGCUGAUGCAGGAACUUUGUGCCGAAUAUUCGCUGUCCGUUGUUACCGCCUAUAUGAAAUUCAUCCAGCACGCAGCAGAGAUCGCGGUACGAAAUAUGCUGCAUGAAUUCUCGUUGCAGAAAAAGUUGCCUGAAGUUGGCGUGGUGCAUGCUGAAGACUUCAUGGAUGACGGCACGAAAAUUGCCCUAAAAAUUUCGAUUGAUCGCCGUUCCAAUUCUGCUGUGUUCGAUUUUGCUGGUACUGGACCAGAAGUUUAUGGAAACGUGAACACGCCUCCAGCAGUGACUUACUCUGCUAUCAUCUACUGUCUGCGCUGCUUGCUGCCUGGCGAAGAUCUUCCGCUCAAUCAAGGCUGUUUGACGCCUAUUGAGGUGCGCUUCCCAAGCGAGGGCAGCAUAUUGAACCCAAGCGCCAAUGCCGCUGUCGUCGGUGGAAACGUGCUUACUAGUCAACGUAUUACCGAUGUGAUUCUUAAGGCUUUUGGUACCUGUGCAGCUUCCCAAGGCUGCAUGAACAACCUCACAUUUGGUAGCGCUACAUUGGGUGGCUACUACGAGACGAUUGCUGGUGGUGCCGGUGCUGGUCCGUCUUGGAACGGCCGCAGUGGAAUCCAUACGCACAUGACUAACACGCGCAUCACGGACCCUGAAAUUCUGGAGAAGCGUUUUCCCGUUCUUCUGCGUGCCUUUCAUCUUCGCAAGGGAUCGGGUGGUGCUGGCAAGUUCCAUGGCGGCGACGGUGUGGUGCGACAGCUAGAGUUCCUCGAGGCCAUGACUGUUUCCAUCCUUUCGGAGCGACGUGCCUUCCAGCCCUAUGGUCUAGAGGGUGGCGAGCCCGGCGCUCGCGGCCUCAACUUGCUUUUACGCCAUGGUUGUACUGUCAACCUGGGCGGCAAAAACACGGUGGAUGUGCUGCCAGGUGAGGUCUUGACGCUGUACACGCCUGGUGGCGGUGGUUUUGGGGCUACCGAUUAA